AUGAAAGAUCUUGGCCCUCUCAGCUAUUUUUUUGGUCUUGAGAUCUCUGCUUCUUCUGAUGGUUAUUAUUUAACACAGGCUAAGUAUAUCUCUGAUCUACUUUCCCGAGCCAAUCUCACACACAGUAAGAUUGUCGACACACCGACUGAGCUUAAUACUCGUCUCACUCCUGAUGAUGGCGAGCCUCUUCAUGAUUUUAUCUUAUAUCGGCAUUUAGUUGGCAGUCUUGUCUACCUUACUGUCACUCGGCCUGAUAUCUCACAUGAUGUCCAUCAGGUGAGUCAGUUUAUGGCUGCUCCUCGCUCCACUCAUUUCUCAGUUGUCCUCCGCAUUCUUUGCUACCUGAAGGGAACAUUAUUUCAUGGGCUCUAUUUCUCCUCUCAAUCUCCUCUUCAGUUGCAUGCUUAUACUGAUGCUGAUUAG